AUGGCAAAAUUAAAAGCUGAUUUUGGAAUUAUUAUUGCUACUUGUGAAAAUGGCAAACCUUUACGCUGCCUUGACCCCCGGAAAAAAAUCUACGUCAGCGACGAAACUAAUUUUAUCUAUAUUGCCAAAAUCAUGCAAAAAGAAUUGGUUGAUUUAAACAAAAAUGCUAGUAGCAUUAGCCGGGCGGCCGAAAGUAUUAAAAAUUUAGAAAUUAAUAUUCGUAAAAUAAUCUUAGAAGAAAAAGUUGUUUUGCGAAAAUUUGCCCGCUUACAAAAAGAAGUUUUGGCUCGCCAAAAAAAAACUAGUCUUUUAACCGAGGAAGAACUACAAAAAAAAGCCGCGGUUCUACGGGAAAAAAUUCGUAAAAGCAGAGAUUUAGACAAGCACCUAGUGCCAGUUUUUGCCCUAGUGAGAGAAAUUAUUCACCGGAAAAUUGGCAAACCAAUUUUUGAUUUUUUUGGUCUUACUUCGGGAUUUAAUUCGAAUGCUCACAGUUCCGAAGAAAAAAAAGAACUUUAUGCCAAAUGCACAAUUAUUUAUACUACUGGCAGCGAAUUAGGGUUUGAUUACUUAAGAAAUAAUUUAGUGACUAGAAUUGAAGAUAAAAAUAACUUACGUUUUUCUUACGCUUUGCUGGACGAAGUAGACUCUAUUUUAAUUGAUGAAUCCCAAAACCCUUUGAUUAUUUCGCAAAGAUGGGGAGGUGACGAAUUAGCAGUUAAGGAAAAGCACCAAAAAGUUACCUAUCUGGCUGAGCAACUGAUCAAAAAAGUAGAUUACAAAUUUGAUGACAAAAAAAAAGAACUCUGGCUAACUAAAAAAGGCGUCAAAAAAGCCGAAGAAUUUUACGGAAUUGAUAACCUUUUUUCUUUUAAGCAUCACGAAAUUAAUUUUUUGCUACAUAAUGCCCUGAAAGCGAAGCACUUUUAUCAGAAUGGGGUAGAAUAUAUUGUGGACUACGAAAGAAAAAAAAUUGUCAUUAUCGAUGCUUUAACCGGUCGGCUAGUACCUAACCGGAUUUAUAGUGCUGGUAUCCAGCAAGCAGUAGAAAGCAAAGAAAGGCUUCCCAUUAGUCCACCGAGCAAGUCUACCGCGGUGAUUACUUACCAGAAUUUUUUUCGCCUUUUUGAUAAAAUGGCGGGAAUGACCGGAACUGCUAUGACCGAAGCUGAGGAAUUUCGGCAAGUUUACGGCAUGGAAGUAAUUGCCAUUCGCCCUUACAAAAAGCUAGUCCGCAAGGACCGUGAUGAUUUAAUUUUUUUAGACAAAAGAAGUAAAUACCAAGCAAUUAUCCAACGAAUUAAAAAAAACGAACAAACUACCAAGCGACCAAUUUUAGUGGGUUCUCCCAGCGUGGAUGUUUCUGAGCAAAUUUCGGUCUUACUCACUAAAGAAGGAACUUUCCAUUAUAAAUUAAACGCCGUUAAUCACCAAGAAGAAGCCCAAAUCAUUAAGCGAGCAGGGGAAUUAGGAGCGAUUACUAUCUCUACUAAUAUGGCCGGGCGAGGAACCGAUAUUGUUUUAACCGAAGAAAGUCGCCAAGCCGGUGGUUUAUUAGUGAUUGGGGUAGAACGAAAUUUUAGUCGCCGAAUCGACAACCAAUUGCGUGGACGAGCCGGAAGGCAGGGUGACCCCGGCGAAAGUCAAUUUUACAUCUCUUUGGAAGACGAAAUAAUUAAAAACUACGAGGUAAGAGAACAAAUUACCAGAAUUUUCCAGAGUAGUAACCUACGGGAACUUUUCCGUAAACCUUUAAGUGGUAAAUGGUUUAAUAUGAUGGUUGCCGAACCCCAAGAAAUGCUCCGUAAUGCCCAGGCUUCUGGACGUCAAUAUACUUUAAACUACGACCUUUUAAUUAACCAUCAGCGGCAAAUAAUUUACAAUUAUCGGCAAAAGAUACUCGCUAGUUCCAAUAUUUUUGUUCUGAUUUUGCGAAAAAAACCAAGCACCAAUAAUUUAGAAUCACAGCAAUAUUUAAAAUCGCAAUUAGUGCGAAAAAUCGACUUUGCUUGGGCUAAUUAUUUGGAAAGUUUGGAAAAAGUUCGCCAAUUGGUGCACGUGAGACAUUGA